AUAAGCACAAAGUCUGGCAAAUGGAAUAAAGAGAGGCUAUUGUGCAGAUUGUGGGACAAACCAGCGCUCAGGUGUCCGUUACAAGUGAUCAGUUUGGCUAUAGAAGCGCCCAAUUCUGUCGAGUCUUCAGUGCUGUUACAUAUAGGGAAUGGCAGACAAACAGAUGUGUCGGCCGUCGAUGUAUAUAUUAACCGGAUUUGUGGCCAAAUGGUAGAAAAUAAGUGCUCACUUCGGGAUAUCAUUGCCUUUAAUGUCAUUAAAUCCGGGAAUGAAUAUGAGUUGAGAAAAACUUCAUCGCAUGGUUUGGACAUAAAGUCGCCCACAAAUAGAAAGGCGUCGGGAAUGGGAACCAUUGAGUCAUAUCCGGUCAACAAUGUCUUCAGUUUGUCUAAAGUGUUUUCGUCGUCCAAAUGUAUAUAUAACGACAAGCAUUCGUCCGAUUCGUUGCAAACCGUCGGACACUUCGACGGCCGAACUCAAUCUUUCGGCGAAUCAUAUGUGCCUUCGAUUAUCACAAAACUGUUUUCCACAACCAAUGCGUCCCUGAAUUGGGUGUCGUCUGUGAAUACGAGCGGAACUCUUCCCGUAUUGUCUUCGACCACCAAUUCAUUGAUUUUGGACGCGUUCUUCACUAGAAAGCCAAAGACAAUGCAAUCAACCGAUUCGUCGCUCGUUGUAAUCAACGAAUCAAUUGGUUGGUUGUCAUCGUCGGCCACAUUCUUCACCACCAAUUGGCUGUCAUCGACGGUGCGAGUGAUGCGUUUGUCUCUCAUCUCUUGGACGACUAGUCGGGCGGGAAACGCGACAGCUAGAGCCGGAGUUAGUGUCGGUGCCGAGGUGAGUUCCGGAGGGGGAGGGAGAGAAGGGGAGGACUAUAUUAUAGUGGACAAACACAUAGCGAUGGCACACAUGUCCACACAUACCACUGGAACCGCUUUGAACGAAGACAUACAACUGAAUGACGCGCACAACGUAUGCAAUGAGAGCUCAUUUGGUCUGAUCGGUGAUCUACAAGCCAUCGAUGGCGACAACACUUCACACCUUUUGGCCAACACUUCAGUCAAUAUGGAUUUGACGCCAACUCUGCAGUCGAGAGCAGACAUAAGCAAAAGACACCAUUUGUUUGGAUUUAAUAGACAAAAGACACUGUUUUCUAAUCACGGAAUCGGAAGGAGGGCACUUCUUGGGCAAGCGGUUAUGACUGAUAACGAGAGCAACGGUUUUGACCAUUACUUCAAUGGCAUUCAAGUGAACAGUUUUGGAUCCAAUGAUAUGUCACAUGCAAUCGCUUCCCAAACCUGUGACGAAGACUUCAAGUCUAUCAGUAAGUGUUCAGACUUUGAGCUGAAGGCCGAGGAGCCGAUGGUUGACAUCAAUCAGACUUAUCGGUCGCCAAACUCGGACUUUGGAGACGAAAACAUGUCCUCUUAUUUCAAACACCGUUCGGAACCACUUUCGGCGAUCCCAUCGUUUGGAGAAUCGAUGGAACUGUUAGGCGAAGAGAUUAUGUUUAAAAGCAUACCAAACGAGUUGUCAAUAAUUAACGAAUCAUUUGUUUCAAUCAACGAUGAAAUGAGUUCUUCAAACAAUACGUUAGAAAACGUUCAGAAAAUUCUUGACCGCAAAAACAGGAAACGAAAAUCAUUGGUCACAAACAGAUCCACUCUUUCUCAAUGCAAUUCAUUCGCUCCGAAUAACGAGAGCAACGGUUUUGACCAUUACUUGAAUGGCAUUCAAGUGAACAGUUUUGGAUCCAAUGAUAUGUCACAUGCAAUCGCUUCCCAGACCUGUGACGAAGACUUCAAGUCUAUCAGUAAGUGUUCAGACUUUGAGCUGAAGGCCGAGGAGCCGAUGGUUGACAUCAAUCAGACCUAUCGGUCGCCAAACUCGGACUUUGGAGACGAAAACAUGUCCUCUUAUUUCAAACACCGUUCGGAACCUCUUUCGGCGAUUCCAUCGUUUGGAGAAUCGAUGGAACUGUUGGGCGAAGAGAUUAUGUUUAAAAGCAUACCAAACGAGUUGUCAAUAAUUAACGAAUCAUUUGUUUCAAUCAACGAUGAAAUCAGUUCUUCAAACAAUACCUUAGAAAACGUUCAGAAAAUUCUUGACCGCAAAAACAGGAAACGAAAAUCAUUGGUCACAAACAGAUCCACUCUUUCUCAAUGCAAUUCAUUCGCUCCGAGUAUUAAUUCAACUCUUAAUUUAUGUGAUAGUAUGAGCGCCAGUGAUGUCCGUAAGAGCAGCAAAAGUGUGGUCACAUCUGGUUUGGGAACCCUUUCCACUGUACAAACAUAUAGUCCUAAUUCAGAGUCGAGUCAAUCGAUUGUCAAGAACCUAUCGAUCACUUCAUUUAAAGCCGAACUCAAAAUUAAUGCAAAUGUCGACACUUUGAAUGCAUUAGACAUUAAAUAUCCGAAACAUAUGAUUAAUAUUCCGGCCUUUUUUGACGGCUUAUUCUCAGAAGAUAUUACAAUCACUCCAUUAAAGUGCGGAUCGUUUACAAUAGUGUUUCAAAUUUAUCCAUCGAUUGAGAACAUAAAUCUGCCGAUCAGUCCAUUGUCUGUCAUUUGUCGCAUUCGGUCAGAAGAAGUAGUUAUCAAACGACCGCUCUUUUCGUCCAAUUAUUGUCAAAUCCAUUACAACCUCUUUGAGGAAAAAGUUGAAAAACAAACCAUAGAUUUAUGCGUUAGUAAUAAAAACAUUUCGGAUGUCAUUCCUCUCAAGUUAUGUUUGGAGGCAAACAAAGGCUUUCUAUUCGAGCCGUUAUAUAGACAUACGGACAGUACUAUCCAUACAUUUAGGUGUUUAGAUCCGCAGACAUUGUUUGUUGUGACCAAAACUCAGUACGAAAUACGGAUCCCAUUAAUAAUCGUAUCGAAUGGCAUUCGAGACAUAGAGUCGUGUCUAACGGUGUCCACAGAUUCGCCUUCCAGUCAUGUUUUGGCCAUUUUUCAAUUGAAUGCCACUUUUUGGCCGAAGAAACCACUUGAGGAACAUUUGCUUCAGUGCUCGCAAACGAGUGUAUGCCUGCGUCGAGGAGAGUGGGAAACAAUCAAUUUCCGCAAUAAAUCACACGAUUCUCUAAUUCGUGUGCAUUUGGAGAGCGUUUGUGGCAAAAGUAUAGCACAAAAUGUAAUUAGAUUUUCAUCGAAUCAACUAAUGAUCGGACCGUCAGAAAAGGUUUCCAUCGCUUUAAUGGUCCACAAGAAGACAGUGAUUAAGAAUGAGAAUCAGUUGCAAAUAUCAGUGGUCUAUGAUAUGGGUUCUGACAAAUCAAAACCAGUGCUAAUUCCCGUUCAAAUUAUUUGAAUUAAAUUUAUUUUAUUUAAACUGCAA